AUGUUCUUUGCCAACUACGCUGUUCAUAGCCGAGGCAUGAGAAGCUUCGGCGCCCUUAGCUGCCUCUGGGCCCUGUCGGGCGUUGUUGCCGGCCGCAGGGCCGUGCAGGCAGACCACGUCUCCCUAGAAGUGCGUGAGGCGGAGCAGCACUGCUGCUGCGUGAACGGCAUCUGCCCCGAUAAGUACCGAGCCGGCUCAGAGGAGGUGGCUGUCUACAAUCCAAACGCGGACCUGUGUUGCAGGCUGAAUGAUCGCAGCUGCGGGCACGUGCUGAACUCUUUCUCGCGUUUCCAGAAAACAGCGGAGAAGAGCUUCUGUCAGGCAGAUGGCCGCGAGCCCUCCUUUGUAGCUCCGAGUCUGCCUCAGGCCUCAGUUCCCACGACGCCGCCGCAGCCAGGACAGGCAGCACACACGGUGCACACGUACUGCGAUCUCGGCCUGCAACGCGAUGUGGACAACGAAGAGACCGACUCCGCGGCAACGUCUCUCCGGCGAAACAUCGUCCAGACCAUGGUGAACGAGGUCUCACGCAACUCCAUUGAUGCCAUGGCCAAAGAGAUCUUCUCCAUCUACGUGUGCACCAGGUGGGCUCCCACCGGCGACUUCACGCGGGUGAUGGAGGCGGAGGUUUCCACCGGACAGCUGCCCAAGAGCGAGCCCUCCACACUGUACAAGGAGCGGCGAUUCCUGCCUUUGCGCUGCAGCUCCAACUUUAAGGUCUUCGAGGAAGUGGGUCUGGGCCAGACAAGCUUCCAGGCCUUUGAGGCCCAGAUGGAGGCUUUGGCCAACUGGUACCAAGGCGAGAAGGACGGCGCCGUGGCCCAUCGCCUCGAAAGUUUAGAAGGCGAUCUGGAGGAUGCCAAGCUCUUCGAUCUUCAGUAUGUCAAGAGCCAAGCGGCUGCCUGUCCCGAGUCGACUGGCCCCUGGAAUGUCAGCGUGCAUACAGCCCCAGCGGCCGAGCUUUUGUCCCACUGCCCUUCUGCAAAGUGGUGGCUCUCGAAACUUGAGAACUGGCACCAUGCCAUGCCCUUUACCAGCUUCAUGUCGCCGGAUGUGGACGCCGCCAAGUUUGCCCCCAAGGGGCAGGAGCAGAUUCUGAUGUGCUUCGGCAAGCGAGUCGCGUCGCAGCUCCAUCGCCGGGAGGGCGGCAGCCACCUGCUCACGGACCAGAAUGCCAUCGGCUGCCAUGGGUUCUGGGAUCUCGGGACCGCAGGCCGCAUGCUGGAACGGAUUGUGAAGCUCUGGCGGCCGCCAACUUGCCAGCUUGCGAGCAUGGAGCUGGCAAUGAAGCUGAAAAUCAUGGAGCUCAUCGCCAAUAUGAACGAGCGCCUGUUCGACGCGCUGCCAGCGUUGCUCACAGAGGAGAUCGCCCCAGAUGACGACUGGGAUGGGAAGGAGCUUCGAGCCGCUUCGCUGGGAGGCAGCCUCCUUCAUGGCAUGUGGGAUUCCAUCGCCAAGAGCUUCUCCGCUCUAAGCGGCCAGUACACCCGCUUGGGCCAGCUCCUGGGGAGUUCUGUGGUCAAGUGGGUGGUCUGCCCCAUCAAGAACACCACGGGCGCCGAGGACUUGGAUCGACUCGACGCCGCCCUGGGCACGGAGGAUGACACGGCGCGCUACUACGCCCAGAUUGCAUACAGCAAGUGGACGGGCAAGAAGGACCUCUUGCCAGGGGAGGAGUGCACGCCAGGGGUGGCAGAUUUGCCACGGACGACAGCCUGCAGCCUGGCCAUCAUGCAGCAGGACAUGCCUGAGCCGUACAAGGACUCCGAGUUCAUUUGCCCGGUGCGGCCGCUGCUGCCCGCAAAGCAGCAGCUCGAGAUCCUGAAGAAGAAGAGCGGCCUCUGUCCCCUGCGCAUGAACACCUGGCAGAUGGAGCAGGCUGGCUGGUUCUACCGGGGUCGCCGGCCCCAACGCCAGCAGUAUGACUUGGUGGAGAAUGCGCCUGCGAGUGAUAUCCAGGCUGUGCAGAUCCUCGACAUGAUCAGUCGCCAGGACACCACCUUCCACACCUGGCGGACCUUUGUGACAGUCGGCCUGGGAUGCACUGAGGAGGAAGCGCGCCAAACGCCGCGGUGGUGCGCGGAUCCCGAGGUCCACUACCCUCAGGCAUCCGUGAAUGGCAUGGUGGAUGCGGUGGGGCGCGCCGGGCGCGGCACCGCGCAGAUGGUGAGCCAGGCCCUGCACGCCGCGGGCGUGACGGAGGAGGCGCCUGUGGUCAACCAAGCCGUCGGCCACCGCCUGUCCGAGUGGCUCUACCACCAGGGCAAGGGCGUGCAGGCAUGGGCCAAGCAGACCACCAACGAGUGGUUCGGGCAAGCCUCGAGCCGCUAUGACAAGUUGCACAAGCGCUCCUUCACCGUGCAAGAAGCCAACGAGCUGGUCCACAGCUUGUCAUUUCAAAAGCUGCUCGAAGCAACCGGUGCCGAUUCCAAGAACAAGCAGCGCUACGACCGCUACGCUGUUGUCACGCCAUGUAAGACCAUGAAUGCCGAGACUGAGUUCGAGCUGAAGUACGCCACGGCGGAGACAGCGCUGCAGCUGGCCAGGAAAGCCUUUCGAAAGUACGGGGUUGGCAUUGGUCACAGCGGCGGGUUCACCGUCGAACUCACGGGCCUCGCCAUGCUGAAGAUGUCUGGGGUGCAGGCUGCGUGGGUCGAGUCUCACGCUCUCGUGCGUGCCUACAGUCUGGGGUCUUCGACGCCAGAUUGGCUCACCACGAACAACCCCAUGAUGCAGAGCUUGGCGGGGACGCUUGCAGCACGGACUGCCGAGGGCGUGCGGGCAUCAGACCUCACGGGGUUCAGGGCCUUCUUCGCCUGUGGGAACAGGAAGGCAAUGCACGACCUGCCUCUGGAAGUCACGGGCCCCGAGGCCUUGCCCGGCAAGGUCUUCAAGGACUGCGUGGUCCAAGGCAAGACGUCUAACAGCAAUCUGCGGAAAGAGAACCCUGGAGCGCCCUACCUCGAAUCCGAAGUAGUGGUGCGGGUCACGCUCGCGUCCCUGCCGGCAUGCUUCCUGGAGGUCGAUCGCAGCAAGGCCGCGGCCCAGAACGAGACCCGAAACCCUGUGUACCAGACCUUCGAGAGCAUCUCCGGAUGCCCAGAGAUGCCAUCGGCGGGGUGGAGCGGGCUGCCCGAGCCCGUGCAGAACGAGGUCGGCACUGACCAAUUUCGUGGACUUUUGGCCGGCAAAGGGCUCCCCGGGAAGGUUCUCUACGAAGUGCUCCUGGAUCCUGAGGACUUCAUCCUAGAGGCCCACGUAGCUUUGCAUGGCUUAGCAAAGUCUUUGAUCCGACCAUUCAGUGAGGAAGCGGUGCCUCUGUACCUAUGGGUGCAGGAGCACACGAAACAUCGCUUCCUGGAGAUGUGUGCUGAGGAGAAUGUGACCAUCUCAGAAAUGCUGACCCGGUGGGCGUCGACCAGGUCCGCAGCUCGAACGCUGACGCCAGCUUCCGGCGCUUCUGCGGAGUCCUCGCUCGGAGGUGUCCAGCCCGAGCGUCGCGAAGAGCCAGAAAGAGGGACUAGCUCGCCGCUGGGUGCGGAGAGUGCCGAGAGGCUGCAGUCGCCUCCAGCGGCAUCGGUAGCACGCAGCCAAGCAGCCUUGGAGGGAAACUUCCUUCUUCGGCUGGGGGAGGAUGAUUUGAAGCUCCUGCGCCGAAAAGCGAAGAAGCAUAGCCCGCUCAUUGCCACGUGGACGACAGGGGAAGCCAAGUACAUGAGCUUGGCGAUGAACCUGGCUCUGUCCAUCCGGAAGAACGUCCCGAGCCUGGAAAGGAGCUUUGUUUGCGUCGCCCUUGACCGGGCGGCUCGGCGGGCCAUGCGCAAGAGCAAGUUCCACACGCUGUCGCACCCAGUGCUCCCAGGUCCAUCGCUGAAAGAUGCGAUCUGGAAGAUGCGCUGGCUGGUUCUGCAUACCUUCGCCCACUUGGGCAUAGACGGCCUUGUGCUGGACUCUGACAUCGUCGUCCUCCAGGACCCUUUCCCGGUACUUUGGGGCGACGCGGACUUCGAGGUGAUGACCGACCACUUCUGGCCCGAACAGCACUUGUGGCAGUAUUGGACGAGGCCCGAGGAGCACAUCAACACUGGCUGCAUAUUUGUCAAGGCCUCCGUCCGGACCAAGGCGUUUCUGUAUGAGUUUCUGGAGCAUCACAACGAGAGUGAAGUGGGCGGACUUCUGCGGCACUGGAUGGAUCAGCAGGUCUUCAACAAGUUCGUGGAGCACCGCCUCUUCCACUCAUCAGCCGACCUCAUUCACGGCCUUUAUGGCCAUCAGGUGUUCCGGAACGUCCGCGCGCAGAAGAUUGCGACGCCCAUCCGCCUGCGCAUCCUCGACCCCAAGGUCGUUUCGCACGGGAUGAACUACUUCUGGCUGCGUGCUCACGAGGGUGGGCGCCCCGCUGUCAUUGCCCACGCCAAUGGGGUGGACGGCAAGGAGUACUUCCUGCGCGAUCGCGGGCACUGGUACCUCGACGACUUCGACGAGCGCUUCCCGGAGCAGGGCUUUCUCACCUACGCACAUCCGCGUGGCAUGUCGCUGGCGGAGGACUUCGAGCACUUGGUGGAGGCGGUGGUGGUUGCUGCAGCGUUGCGAAGACGGCUGGUGCUUCCCAACACAAUGAACUGCAAGAAUUGCCCAGCCCUGGAAGCCUACGGCGCCCCUAAUGUCCUGGAAGACGGCAACUGCACUUUUGACUACUUCGCGUGGUCACAGAGCUUCCUGGGGCAUCAUGGGGAGCUCGUCGCCGAAAGUGGGCUUAGACUGGAGGCCCGGUUCCGAAGCCUCCCAGAGAGCCGCUACGCGCGCUCGCAGUUCACCAAAGCACUUGGCGGCCGGGAUGAGCAUUUUCUCAAGAUCGAGGCGGCCAGACGUCUCCAUGUGCUGGAUAUCCGCGCCGCUUUCCAGGAUGUGCAGCGCGCCGGCUUUGGACCGGCGGCGGUCUUCGAGUGUCGCCACCACGACUGGCCAGUCGGCUGGAUGGCCUGCAGAGAUCAGCGCUUCGUGAGAUACCACGGACAGUUUUCGAAGUGCAAACCGGGCGAGGCGCAGACGGGCUGCGGCUAUCGUGGCAUCACCUGCUGCGAUGCCUUCUGGGGCUGGGGCGAGAAGCUGGAGUACUUCACGGGCAAGCCGUGGAACUUGCCAUGCAACUGUGGGCUGUCGGGCUGCCAGGAGCAGACUGGAGCCUCCGGCUCUGAUAGGAACUCCAAGGCCUGCUGCGCUCACGUCUCGGGCGGGCCGCCACGCUGCGACCGGCGUAUCCGGCCUGAGUCCGUGCCCGAUGUGAACACCCCAGAAGACACCGAGUCCCUCACCUCAACGGCACUGGCGGAUUUGGCCAGCCCCUCCCGGAACGUGACCGCUUUCUGGCACACCUGCCGGCUCAACAGGCAGCUUCGCUUUUCAGACACAAGCGUCGAUGAGCUGGUUUUUGCCUGCCACAGGCUUGCGACCCGGUUUUUGCUGCUCAAGCAGAACUUCGACGCGCUCGGGGCCUGGUGUCGCUUUGCGCACGGGGAGCUGCGACGAGGGGUGGAGGGAAGCAGCAGCUCCCUGUUCCCCGCAAGCUGGCCAAGCGCUUCCGCCUUGCCAGUGAGGGAUGCAGAGAUGGGAGAACUGGAGCAGCUGAGCGAUCAGCACAUGCCACGCAAACUGUCGCACGACCUGGCGCAGCUGCAAUUUCUGGGGGAUCAGUUCUCGCGCACGGCCAAGGAGCUGCAGACACUUGGGCCGGAGUGGCCGGCGGGCAGGUACGUGGGCAACCGAGCCCACUUCGUUCCAAAGUUGCGCCUGGCAGAGGAGGUCUUUGGAGCUGGGAUGCUAGAUGCAGUUGAAGACACUGGUCAGGGCGUGGUGAUGGUGGAUCGCGUGCUGCAGCCGGAGGCUGCAGAGCGGAUCUGGAGGUGGAUGGCGCAAGCCACCAUCUGGCACGCCCCAAAAUGGGACGGUAGCGUUCUUGAGGCUUCCCUUCUGGACGGCUUGAACUGCGAGGCCCUCCUUUCACUGGUGCAGGCCCUCUGCUCUUUGAAGCUCGUGCAAAGCAUGGCCGGGAGGCAUGGCGCCCAGCUUGUUGUGGACGACAUGUGGGCAUGGAAGUAUGACCCGGCACUCAACAGCGUAUCCGUGCCGAUUGAGGCGGGCAGCUGGUCAGGAGAUCCGCCAGAUCUGCUUGCAGCCCUGUCCCUGAGCAGGGAGCCAGGGCCUGAUGACGGGAUCAGACUGGAACGUGGUACUGAGAAGCGUUUCCUUCCACGCAGGCAGAACCAGCUGGUCCUCUGGACGCGCGCAUGGAAGGGGGGCGCAUCUUUGUCGAUGGACAAGGAUGUCAGAUAUGAGCAUCGGCCAGUGGACUUGUUUGUCGCCUUUCGCAAGAGCCUUGGUCACAAGGUCUAUCCUGGGUGGACGGCGCACAUGUCCACGAGGUGGCCGGCUUCGACCGAUCUUGGGUGA